AUGCUCGUUGAUAAUGUUGACUACCUAGUGAAUUCCGUGUCUCUGAAGCUUAACACUUUUGACAUAUCACCCCAAGCCCCGCAGGUGCUACUCAUGAUGAUGAGGUUAUGUGGGGCAUCGCUUAUCCCAUAUCUGGAUGACCUGGUUGGAUCGAUAUUUACAGUGUUGGAUGCUUUCCACGGCUACCCUAAACUGGUGGAGCUUCUGUUUUCUGUUUUAGGAGCUAUUGUGGACGAAGGGGCAAAGAGACCAGCACAACUAGCUAUCACAGACUCAGAUACCAAUGAACCCGUCAAUCACCGGAAAAGACCCCUUACAUCCCGUAGAAUUUCAGACAUCGCGAAUGAAUUUCAAAAAGGAAGGGAGAAGCGAGCUCGAGCCUCCGAACUCGAAGCCGGUGACAGCUUGGAAAAAGAAUCUCACCCUAGACGUCCAUGGGCUUCCGAGCACGAUGGGCUCAGACUCUUGGAUGAGGAUGAAAGUGAUAUAGGCUCAGAAUCAGAGGGACUGCCACCACCUACCACAGAAGAAAAGACUCUAAGCAGAUCUCACACUUUGCUCCUUAAUAUUGCCAAAUCCAUUCCACCCCAUCUCUCCUCACCAUCGCCAUUCCUACGACGCUCAUUACUUACCAUCUUGACCCGCGCGCUACCCAUCCUCGCACAUGAUGAAAACACCUUUUUACCCCUAAUUAACGACCUCUGGCCUUCCGUUAGCGCACGAAUUACCACCCCACAGACCCUCUCACCAAACUCGACCGCACUUACAACACCCCACACAGGCCCCGCACAAACCCGCAACUUCCCAGCCAGCAUCGACGAAUCCGGCAUCCAGGAAGAAGCAUUCGUAAUCUCUGCGUCGUGCUCUGCAAUCGGCGCCAUGUGCGAAGGCGCGGGGGACUUCAUGGCAUCUCGCAUUGAGCAUGAAUUCCCUCGGUGGAAGAAACUGUAUCUCCGCGCAUGGGAGCGAGUACGGCAGGACUCAGAACGGGCGGCGGAGAGGCAGCGACAGAGGAUAGAGAAGCAGGAACGUCUUAAUUCACGCACCGCCACGGGGAUGGAGUCGCUAACCCCUGACACUGGCAGCAAAAGCAAAAUUCCCGAUUCCACAACAUCAGUGACUGCACGAUCUAAGCCUCCACCACCGCCACCACCACCAGCGAGCACAAAGUCAUUCACCCCUCACAACUCCCUAUUCCAGGCCCUGACACGCCUGUUUACCACCAUUCUCCACAGCGUAUAUUUAGUAGCUGAUAUUAGAGACGAAAUUUUUGAGUGUCUCGGUGCGGCGAUAUCUUUCUUUCAGCCCGAUUAUUACUUCACGUAUGCAUGGCGCGAGCAUACGGAAUCCAAUAACGAGAAGCAGAUCGGUAAAACAGCAGGAGAGCAGAGAGCGGAAGCGACGUCAAGAACGGGAAAUAGAACGGGAACAGAAGAAUUUGCCCAGGCGAUUCAAGCUAUGCAUGUGCUGAAUGCGGAUUUGACAUGGUUUAUAUUUGAGAAAGGGAGGAGACAGAGCAGAGGCGGUAUCGAUGACGGGAACGGUGAUACAGUUGAUAGGUUGGCACGGGUGGGGCAAAAUAUUGAGAAGAGGAUUACGGAUAUGUUGAGGAGCCAGCUACAUUCGCAGUCGGAUUCACCAACGCAGGGAGAGCUUCGUUCAGCAGGAAGCAGGGGGUUGUGGAGGUUGGCGGAGGUGAUUGGAGCGUUUUAA